AUGCCAUCCUUCGUAGUGAGCAAAGGGAAAAGAAAGUACCUUUGUAAAGUGUGUCCUUACACGACAUUUAAGAGGGACAAAAUCCUUCGGCACGAACGUACACACACCGGGGAAAGACCAUUUAAGUGCAGCUACUGCGACUACGUGGCUUCGCGCCCUUCUCACCUUAAAAACCACGAACGCACUCACACGGGUAUUAUGGGCUCGCCAAGAUCGCCACGCCAUGAGGCAGACCUAAGGGCCAUGGUUGAGAGCCUGGCUGCGACAGUGGCAGGUCUAGUUGAGAGGAUCCCACUGCUGCCCGUUGCAGAAUACAACAUUGCGGCUGACCUGUCAGAGGAGGAAGGGGACGACAGCGAACCAGCCAGCCCCUCACUGGCGGAUUGA